CACACACGUAUGCACACACACACACGUAUGCACACACUCACACACACACACACACACACACACACACACACACACACACACACACACACGGAACUGUACUUUAAUUGAGACUCUGCCAUGGAAAAGGAGUGUAAUGGGACAAAAAUAUCAGUGGUCCUGCGUGUUUUCUGCGGGUCGUUGGAGCUGUGGAUGCUGUUAGGAGUGGUGAGUACCUUGAUGGUACUCUCGCUGUGCUGGAAUAUACUCUGGUACAUGGCAAGAGUUUGUCCAGAAAAGGGGAAAGCAAUUCUUCCAACGUUCAGAAGAAGUCUCAGACCUGUCGACAUGGAAGACAACCCCAUUUACGGAAACAUAACCUACAAAAAAACCAAUUCUCCAUACGGUUCUUCAUCUUUGAGAGAGCACAACAGAGUCAGACGUGGCUCAGAGCCUCUGUCUAAAGACCAGGAUUGCUACGCAAACCUGGAACUGAAGCCUCCCAAGCAGCCGUCCGGACGAGCCUCCCCGUCCCCGGCCAUCCAGUACUCGGACGUGGCGACACUGCUGGAAUACGUGGAGCCGGACAAGGACAGGGCCGACAACGCAGACACCGUCUCUACUCUCUCUGACCUGUAUGCUGCCGUGCAAACCCAGAGACCCAAAACCCUGGACACGACCGACAAUGGAAAGGGCUACGCCAACCAUAUCUGACACACAUAUUAUUACUCAUGGUUAUAUUAUAUAUGAUAGAUACUAUACGUGAUGUGAUUAUUGCUUCUCCCCGUUUAAGUUUUGAGCUAUUCCCUUCAGCUCCCACUGGGUGUCACUAUGUGUUAACUUGUAAAUGCUGCAGAAAAUCUUGAAGGGCAGCUUAAUGGAGGGGCCAGUGUUUUUUUUGGGGGGGGGGGCUGGCACUCAAAUUGUUCUAACUGAGAAGACAUAAAUCAAUGCAUAUUACACUAUUUGGCUAUAAUAGACUAACAACUAUGUUUGAAGUCAUAGAGAAUUGAAAACAUUGCACGGCAGCAAGCUUUACGGACAGGAUAUCUGGAAACGAGCCCAGGGUCUAUUAUUGUAAGGCCCUGUGUAAGAUCGCAGAUCUGUGGCCAAUAAGGUUACCAUGAAGUGCUUAUCCGAGCUGACCACUAACAAAAAAAUCAGUAUUUAGAUUGUGGGGUGAUAACGUGGGUGGCCAGGUAUGACCCCCGAUAUCUGACCCAUUACUGCAAAACCUUUUUGUUCAUUUUUUUAUGCUUUACUGGUCAAGUUAGGCAGAUUAUAAUGACAUCUGAAUUUUUUUCAUAUAUUCAAUUAAAAUCGUUGAUUAGUUGAUUAGAUCUCACGGUCAUCACGUGGUUAGGUUGCAUUAGAAAAACAAGCAUUAGAGAAGUUGAAUUCUAAUCAAAGGCAAAAGUGUUUGUUUAGCCGAGUUGCAUCCCUUUUUAGUUAUGAUGUGCAUACGAUGAAUAAAAAGA